AUGAUGGCAUUUGUCAUGGAGAAAUGGUUCUGUACGCCCAAAGAAUAUUUGCACUUCUAUGCUGCUCAUGAUCCCAGCGCCUCAACACCGGGAAAAAAGCCGGAGCAUAUGCAUGAUUUCCAAGCGAAGACCAGUCUCAAGUACUUGUCUGGAAAACACCUCCUAGCAAUCUCAGAGAGAUACCUUUCAGUUCUCAAGAACAGGCUAGUUGGGCUCGAGAUUCCAACUGAUAGUUGGAUAGAGAUCUCGGAUUUUUACACAUGGCUGCAGAGUCAGAUUACUCCCUCGGUUAUUGAAGCUAUGAUGGGUUUGCAACUGCUAGAAAUGUAUCCUGGCAUCGUGGAGGACUUUUGGGAAUUCGAGCAUCAGGUCCCCAACUAUUCCCGUGGCUUGCCUCGGUGGAUGAUUCCAUCGGAAUACAAGACUCGGGAUCGCUUGCUGGCGAAUAUCAAAGCAUGGAAUCGGCUCGCAAAUCGCGAAUCGGAUUAUAGGCAGCAUGGGGAAGACGGGCCCGAGUGGGAUAAAUUCUUCGGGUCCAAAUACAUCAAAGCGCGUGAAGAUUAUAUGAGGAAGUAUGGCAUGAAUAACGACUCAAUCGUAUCGGAGAACCUUGCCCUUCUUUUUGGAUCUAAUGCAAAUGCCGUUCCCGCUGUUUUCUGGUAUAUUCUCGAAUCUUUCAAGGACUUGGAAUUACAAGAAAAUCUCAAGAUCGAGCUCCAAGGUUGUCUGAAGCCCGAAACUGGCGAUUUGGAUAUUCCCAAGUUUUCCACUAAACCUUUGCUGCAAUCCACUUACGCAGAAGUAUUACGCCUCCGCGUCACAACCACCACAAUACGCACAAAUGAAGAUGCCAACUUCAGGCUAGAUUCAGAUUAUACUAUUGGCAAAAAUAUAAUAAUGACAAUAUUCUCUUCGGUUACGGCUUAUAACAGACAAGCCUGGGCAGCCACAAGACCCGAGAGCGUUGCCAAACCUCUGGAUGAAUUCUGGCCAGAACGCUUUCUUGUUCAAAAGGACAAAGAUGCAAAAUUCAGUCUUGAAGGCUUGGCUGAAUGUUGGAUGCCUUACGGUGGAGGUCACCGUAUGUGCCCAGGUCGCCAUUUCGCCAAGAAUGAAAUCAUUGGCACGCUGGGAUUGCUCUUGGAAUUGUUUGAAUGUGAGCUGGUCGAUGUUCAGCAAGCUGAACAGGUCAGGCCGGACACACGAUGGGCGCCAUACGGGACGUUACCACCUACGAAGAAGGUGGCCGUGAGACUUCGAAGACGUGCAGGAUGA